AUGGACUGGUGGGCUUACUUAGUGCAGCAAAGUUGCAGCUGGUAUUGGAAGAAAAUUGUUGAAAUUAAGGAUUUCUUUAGAGCUAAAAUGGACAGAUCAGCUUUCAUGGCAGUGAAAUAUAGUAUUCAAUCUGGGCAUGCAAUACUAUAUGACCAACAUAUCAAGGUUCAAUGGAGUAAAUAUGUCUGGGAGAGAUGCAAUAUUUCGAAACAUAGAUACAUUCUUUGGCUAACUUUGCACCAGAAGCUGAGAACCAGAGGCUACCUCAGUAAACACUGUCAGGUAUUGGACACAGUAUGCUUGCUGUGUGGAGAUCACAAUGAAGAGAUAUCUCAUCUAUUCUUUCAAUGUACUUACAGCAAAAUCUGUCUUGUGAAGUUGAAGGAGUGGAUUGGUUGUCGAGCACAAACAGAGAAUUAUCAAACUUUAUUGCACUGGAUUUCCAAAGCAAAACACCUUAGCAAGCUCAGGAGAGGUUUCUACAUAGCUCCUGUAUCAGUGCUAGUUUAUCAUAUAUGGAGAGUCUGA